UGACGACUCCUUCACAGUCUAGGUGAUGACGUUAGCGCAGCGACUGUCACUCUACCCUGAACGUAGCUGUUUGGUUACGGCAUUACAUUUGUGUAUGUAUAGAAACACAUGCUAUAUGUGAUUGUGAUUGGAUUUAAUAACAUCUGUGGUUGGGAAUAAAAUCCUUGAAUGGCAGGUACUCAUGUUUAACUCAUUGCCUUUCCAGUUUAGUUUCAUUUUUUUGUUAAACCUUUCUCUCUGUCAUUUGUGUGUGUGAUUUUUAUAGUGAACAAGGCAAUUGCAGAGCCGGCAGAUGUCUGAGCGUGAGCCUCUGCUGCCCUGUAGAAAAAUAAAAGCGGCCGGGCCACGUGUUUUCCUGCUGUAAACUAUAAUCCUCUCUCUUGUGCUCAGUGUUUCAAACUCAAUUCAUUUGAGAUCAAAGGCAAAGAUUGAUGAGCAUAUAAUGGAUGCAAACACACAUAUUGAGACCCAAAACCACAUUUCUGAUUCAGUUGCAUGCUAAUUAUAGACAUUAGAAAAUCUACGGUAAGAUUCAUUUCAGCUGAGGGAAUUACUGCAUGAGUGGGAUAUGUACAUAUUAUAUACUUUUAUACACGCCUAAGAAGCACUUGAGCGUGUAAGUGCGUAAUGAUAGUUAAACUCAGGUCCUUCCUGUGUGUGUUGUUGUGAUAUUUGUCCAACUUGCCCCUAGUAAAAAAACUGAUGGUCUAGAAUGUUCUUUUGUUCUUCUCCACAUGACUGAAAAAGGGCCUAAGAAGCUUUUUAACGGUCGUUUUCUGUUUUUUGUUGUUGUGUUUUCCAGUUCUUUUCCCUGGUUCUGCAAGUCCUGUUAACCAGGCCCAGCAGACAAUGCCAACCAACAGUUUUGUCUUCUGCAGCUUGUCCUGUUUCUCUCUUUAUCUCUCUCUCUCUCUCUCUCUCUCUUGUGUUUGUGUGUCAAAGAUGACUGUGUUGUAUGGAGUGAAAUAUAUUCAUUUCAGAGAAGCACACCCAAUGGAUUCCAUGCACUUUACGAAAACGCACAUUUUUAAUUUAACUCGUUAUUUUCUUCAGUCUAGUUGAGUUUAAAAUGGCCUUUGGCUGGAAGAGGACAUUUCUUAUCUCCGGUUGUCACUGUUUAAGUGAGUUUGUGUGCAUAGGUCUGCCCCAGUUUUAGACCAGUUUAGAUCUGUCUCCUAAGGCAGUUUUGAAAGCACCAACAAAACCUCUUCUAAUACAUGUUUUUUGUACAUUAGUUCUGGUAAGUGAAACCAUCAGUGGAUGAAUAAACUGUCAUUUGAUGCUGACACCCAAAUCAUAAACUCUGUUUUGUCUAUCUUGAUGUCUCUGUGUGCUUUAUAGCGAAGCAGCCGACCUGAAUCGCUUGUUCAUUAUACAACUUAUGAAACUUGAGAGCACAUCCCACUGGAGAUCCGGCUGUGCUUGCUUACAUUUGGUUCAUGACUUAAAAAAUCGAGUUCAGGAGUGAUUCCUGACGAGUCAAAGGCUCUUUCACUGCUCGCCCCAGCUAAUGCCAUCGCAGGAUUGCUGCCAGGGGGAGGGCUUCUGCCCACACCCAACCCGGUCACAUCUAUUGGUGGAGUUGGUCUUGGUGGUCUUGGAGGGCAUAACUUGGAUCCUAUGGCAGCCUUGGCCAUGGCAGCGCCCAACAUGAAUCCUCAGUCUUUGUCAGCUGAGCAACUUAUGAAAAUAAUGGCAUCCAUUGACCCAAAGCUGAAUCCUCUCACCGCUGGGCUAAACUUGACACCUGGAUUGAAGGCAGACGCUUCUAAUAAAGAGAUCGAAGAGGCCAUGAAGAGGGUGAGAGAGGCACAAUCUCUGAUCUCAGCUGCCAUCGAACCUGGAAGUAAGAAGGAUGAUAAACGUAAGCGCUCGAGAUCGAGAUCCAGACGCAGGAGGUCGCGGUCCCGUUCAAGACACAGGCGUUCUAAGAGUCAUUCCAGAAGGAGGUCUCGCUCCAGGAGCCGUAGGAGGUCAAAAAGCCCCAGGAGGAGGAGGUCUCAUUCCAGGGAUCGCACCAGACGUUCCCGGUCCAGGGAUCGAAAGAAGGAUGACAAAAACAGGAAGCGUUCAAAAACGCCACCGAAGAGCUACAGCAGCGCCAGACGGUCACGAAGUAUCAGCCGUAAACGGCACAGGAAAAGUCGCAGCAUCUCUCGCUCGCCAAAGAAAUUACGUUCUCCCAAGAGAAAACUAUCCCGCUCGCCGUCUCCACGCAGACAUAAGAAAGAGAAAAAGAAGGAUAAAGAUCGCGAGAGAGACCGUGACCGAGACAGAAAAGAUGAUCGGGACAGAAAUCGGGACAAAAGAGAACGUUCCACCAGCAAGAAGAGCAAAGACAAAGACAAGGAGAGAGACCGGAAGUCAGACAGUGAAAAGGGAGAUGUAAAGGUGACCAGGGAUUAUGAUGAGGAGGAGCAGGGCUACGACAGUGAGCACGAGGAAGAGCGAGAGAGGAACUCUGAUGCCGCAUCAUCCCCACAGGCCAAAGAGCCUCAAGCAGACAGCGCAGAUGAUGCGGGAUGCGGAGAGUCGGACGGCAACAGCGAAGACCAGCGAGACGAAGACAUGGACAUGAGUGAUUAAAAACAGCCCAAUCCCACCGAUCAUUGUUUCUCUUAUUGUUAAAUGGAGUUUGGAUAGAGGAAAGCUCCUCCUACAUCGGUCCGACGACUCUUUCCUCUCUGAACGGAUUCAUUCCUUUUUUCUUUUUUUAAACUCCGCAUCCUCAGAAUCUGCUGUAUUCACUGGUUCAUGAUCGUCUUAAAUAUGUACUCCCAAGAUUUUACACCCGUUUUCUUUACUCGUGGCUCAUGUGGAACGGUGUUAUACAAUUUUCAACUUCACCCUGACAAAUAAAACCAUUCGUAUGUCGGUUUGCCGUUUCUAUUUAAAGCAAUUAUCUUCUAAUUAACAGUGCUUGGAAACAGGCAGUUUUUUGUUUCUUUUUAUAUUUAGCCUGAGUUAGAUGUAAUAUGUUUGUCUUUUUAAAGUUGCAUAAUGGAAAUGCACGUAAACUGGAUUACUCUUCUCGCAGGUUAUGACUGUUGAUGAGUUGAUAUUGGUUCAGGUUUAUCUGUUGCAUUGUGUUUUUCUGUAGUGAACACACAAACACCCUUCAUCAUAGAUUAGUUUGUGAAUAAACUGAUUUAUCUGUACUGUUUGCAGUGUUACAAAUUGAAAAUAAAACUUGAU